AUGUUUCUGUCGAACGCCGCCUUGUCCGUGAUCGCUUUCUUCUCCCUGUUCAAUGUCUUAUACUUGUACUCGCCCAUCGAAUCUGGUGAAGUCGGCCGGCUUUACAAGACGUGCGAUGAAUGUCUGAAGUCUGAGUGUCACGCUGAAAAUAAAAGGCCGUGCUAUACCAGAUGGGACAAUGACGAAGGUGAAUGCAAUAAGGGCUGCACGGACGAGACGAUGGAAUGCGCUUGCGACUCCGCUUGUUACAUGUGGGUCCCAAAAGAAGGCUUCGAUAAGACCAAUUUGACGCCAUGCUACGGAGAUAUAGAGGACCCAUUGUGCUUAUGA